GAAUCUGCAAUCUGAGCCUGUGCCUUGAGUCCAACCGUGACCUCCUGGUCUAUGCUCAACUACUGAAUCACCUUGGCCGGGUCACAAAUGGUUUUUAUACAAUGUUGAAGGAAUCUUAAGUAUGUUUCAUCAAAAUUUCUAAAUAUUUCAUAUGUAACUGCUUGGUAAUGUUAUACCAUUUAAAAAAUAAACACCCAAACUAGCCUAGGAUAAGGUGAACUUCAGUGGUCCAAGUACCUUAUUUUAAAACUAAAGUGUGCAGUUAAAAUAUUUAAUAAUAAAAAAGAUAUGAGCUGAUAGAUUAUUUUAAAUAAAAAGAUGUACUUAUUUAUGCAUAUCGUGAUUUUCCCAAAUGCAAUUGUAAUAUUUUUGUGAAAACAGCUAAAGGAAAAUAUUGAAUUACAUACUCUCUAAAGUGACAUUUGAAAUGUCUGGGCCUUUAAAAGGAUAUAAAAUUGAAAAUGAUUGCCUUGCGUAAAUUGCAAAUGAAUAUGAGGCUAUCUUGGAAGUCAAUGAAUGGAUCUAAAAUCUACAGCCAGCCACAUGAUGUCGCUGUAUACCACAAAGUCUUGUCAAUGGAAAUGUACUGAUCGCCAACAAUAAAGGAGGAAGCUCCAUUUUGUCAUCGUCCGAGAGAAGACAGAAACGCCGAGAGAAAGUACUAAAAAUAUGAAGUAAAGAGAUAUGAUUUUGAAGUAAGGUGAGAGAGGUACGAAAAGUGUAGUGCUUUUGCGAUGCUGUAUCUCAGGCGAGGAGGCAAGGGAGCCCGGCGCCUGCUGCUCUCUCUUCUGCUUCUUGCGAUCUGGAAGGCGGGGAGCAGCCAGGUCCACUACUCGGUCCCCGAGGAGGCCAAGCACGGCACCUUCGUGGGCCGCGUCGCGCAGGACCUGGGGCUGGAGCUGGCGGAGCUGGUGCCGCGCCUGUUCCGGGUGGCGUCCAAGGGCCGCGGGGACCUCCUGGAGGUAAAUCUGCAGAAUGGCAUUUUGUUUGUGAAUUCUCGGAUCGAUCGGGAGGAGCUGUGCGGGCGGAGCUUGGAGUGCAGCAUCCACCUGGAGGUGGUGGUGCAGAGGCCGCCACAGUUUUUCCACGUGGAGGUGGAGGUGAAGGACAUUAACGAUAACCCACCAGUCUUCAGAGAGAGAGAACAAAGGUUAUUUAUUCCUGAAUCUAGACUGCUGGGAUCGCACUUCCCGCUAGAGGGCGCUGCUGACGCAGACAUUGGCACUAAUUCUCUCUUAACGUACACGCUCAGCCCCAGUGAUUACUUCUCGUUGGAUAUACAGGCAAGUGAUGAACUGAGUAAGUCACUUGCGCUUGAAUUGAGGAAAGUUUUGGACAGAGAAGAAACGCCAGAACUUCGUUUAUUAUUGACAGCCACUGAUGGGGGCAAACCUGAGCUGCAAGGUACGGUUCAACUGCUGAUAACGGUGCUCGACGUUAAUGAUAACGCCCCGGUGUUUUCUCAGGCCGUGUACAGAGUCCAUCUAUCAGAAACUAUAGCAAAUGGAACAUUAGUAACCACACUAAACGCCUCUGACGCCGACGAAGGAGUAAAUGGAGAAAUUGCCUUCUUCUUUGGCAGCGAUGUUCCUGUCAACAUUAGAAAGAACUUCAACAUUGAUUCCGGCUCAGGAGAAAUUACCCUGCUUGGAAAACUGGAUUAUGAAGAAACGAAAUCCUACGAAAUCCAGGUAAAGGCAGUUGAUAAAGGAAGUCCUCCGAUGUCAAAUCACUGCAAGGUUUUUGUGAAAGUGCUGGAUGAAAAUGACAAUGCUCCGGAGCUGGCGGUCCGGUCCUUGUCCUUGCCGGUCGGGGAGGACGCCCCCCUCGGCACCGUCAUUGCCUUCGUCUCCGUGUCCGACCGGGACUCCAGUGCCAACGGACAGGUGACCUGCACCCUGACACCGCAUGUCCCCUUCAAGCUGGUCUCCACCUUCAAGAAUUACUACUCACUAGUGCUGGACAGCGCCCUGGACCGCGAGAAGCUGUCACACUACGAGCUGGUGGUGACAGCGCGGGACGGGGGCUCGCCUUCGCUGUCGGCCACAGCCAGCGUGUCCGUGGAGGUGGCCGACGUGAACGACAACGCGCCCACGUUCGCGCAGCCCGAGUACACGGUGUUCGUGAAGGAGAACAACCCGCCCGGCUGCCACAUCUUCACGGUGUCGGCGCGGGACGCGGACGCGCAGGAGAACGCGCUGGUGUCCUACUCGCUGGUGGAGCGGCGGGUGGGCGAGCGCGCGCUGUCGAGCUACGUGUCGGUGCACGCGGAGAGCGGCCGGGUGUUCGCGCUGCAGCCCCUGGACCACGAGGAGCUGGAGCUGCUGCGCUUCCAGGUGAGCGCGCGCGACGCGGGCGUGCCUCCUCUGGGCAGCGCCGUGACGCUGCAGGUGUUCGUGCUGGACGAGAACGACCACGCGCCCGCGCUGCUGCCGCCGGGGGCGGGCGCCGGGGGCGGCGCGGGGGGCGGCGAGCUGGUGUGGCGGGCGGUGGGCGCGGGCCACGUGGUGGCGAAGGUGCGCGCGGUGGACGCGGACUCGGGCUACAACGCGUGGCUGUCCUACGAGCUGCUGCCGGCGGCGGGCGGUGCGCGCAGCCCGUUCCGCGUGGGGCUGUACACGGGCGAGAUCAGCACGACGCGCGCCCUGGACGAGGCGGACGCGCCGCGCCAGCGCCUCCUGGUGCUGGUGAAGGACCAUGGCGAGCCUGCGCUGGCGGUCACGGCCACCGUGCUGCUGUCGCUGGUGGACAGCGGCCAGGCGCCUAAGGCCUCGUUGGGAAUGUCAGCGGGGGCCACGGACCCAAAGUUGGCGCUGGUGGACGUGAACGUGUACCUGAUCAUCGCCAUCUGCGCGGUGUCCAGCCUGUUGGUACUCACGCUGCUGCUGUACACGGCUCUGCGGUGCUCCGCGUCACCCAUGGAGGGCGCGUGCGGGCCGGGGAAGCCGGUGCUGGUGUGCUCCAGCGCGGUGGGCAGCUGGUCUUACUCGCAGCAGAGGCGGCAGAGGGUGUGCUCUGGGGAGGGGCCGCCCAAGACGGACCUCAUGGCCUUCAGCCCCAGUCUUCCUCCUGGUCCGAACAUGUCGGAAGAAAAUCAACAUCCAGAAGGAAAUUCGGAACAUUCUGGUAACCCACGACAGCCCAAUCCUGACUGGCGUUACUCUGCCUCCCUGAGAGCAGGAAUGCACAGCUCUGUGCACCUGGAGGAGGCUGGCAUUCUACGGGCUGGUCCAGGAGGGGCUGAUCAGCAAUGGCCAACAGUAUCCAGUGCAACACCAGAACCCGAGGCAGGAGAGGUGUCCCCUCCAGUCGGUGCUGGUGUCAACAGCAACAGCUGGACCUUUAAAUACGGACCAGGCAACCCCAAACAGUCUGGUCCCAGUGAGUUGCCAGACAAAUUCAUUAUCCCAGGAUCUCCCGCCAUCAUCUCCAUCCGGCAGGAGCCCGCCAACAGCCACAUUGACAAAAGUGACUUCAUAACCUUUGGCAAAAAGGAGGAGACCAAGAAGAAGAAGAAAAAGAAGAAGGGUAACAAGACCCAGGAGAAAAAAGAGAAAGGGAACAGCACGACCGACAACAGUGACCAGUGAGGUCCUGUCCUGGAAAUAAGCCACUUAGCCAGUUUUUGUGAUAAUGGCAACUCUCUCCCGUGUAGCAACUCCCCCACCUCUCUCUUACCCACCCUCUCAAUAGACCUCAGAAAUCUGCAGGAAGUUCCCUGAGUGUGUCUAGAUCUCAUUUGACAGGUUUUGUCUGAAAAGCUUGACUAAGUCUGGUGUUAACUCUCUCCACUCUGGCUUGUUUUCAGAACCUAAAAAGCAGACCCAAGUUUCCUUUCUCCUCCGCCAUAAAGGAGAGGCUUCCCAGCCCCUCCAGUGAGAGGUUGGACUCUCUGCCCUGAGCUCCCAGGAUCCUGCCUUGAUGACACUUGCAGGGCAGGCGGAAAGGUUUUAAGAUUGAGCAGCUUGUGGCCAUUAGGCAUGUGUGUGAGCACCACAUUGGCUGAGAUGGGCCAGAUUAAACUAGUUGGUGAAAGGAGGGGCUGGGAAACAAAGGCAAAUCAACCCUGGGAAUUACCAGUCAGGAGGGGAAAUGCGAAAUUUAAAAGGAACCAGACUUUCUAAAUCUUACAACUCAAGAGGUGGUGGCCACCUUCUAUCAGCCAAAACUGCCCUCAGGGACAAGGCUUUAGCAGUCCCUAAAGUCUGUUGGCUGUGAUGUUAUUAUACCUAAAACCUGAAUUGUAUCUGUAAGUCAACAGUUCAGUGUGUAGCAGGGGCCAGCCAGGGCAACAGAAGCAGAUCUGAUGUGUUUCCUGUACAUGUCCUUGUGAUCACUUUAUUAAAAAUUCUUUUGCACACGGUGUUUAUGAAAAGGCCUGGUCCCUUUCCAAUAGCACAUAUGCAAAAGCAAAAGAAAAAACGAAAACCCCAACACCUCACUUGAUGCUGUUUGUUGUUUGAUAGAUUUAUUUAAAACAGAGAAAAUCUAUAGCUAUAAGUCUUUAAAGAGAGCUAUGAAGACAAUUCCCCUAAACUCGCCUCAAAAAAAAAAAAAAAAAGAAUUCAGACUACAGCCAUUUAAAUGAUCAUUGCUGCUACAGAAGUGCUUUAAGAGAAUUGCCUGGAACAUCUGUAUUAUACCGGCCACCUGCCAAUCACAGCUUUACUCUUUCAGGUCACUCUGGGGCUGCCUCUUGCAUGUAUUAAUUACUAAAUAAAAGGAUCUUUCUCUCUCUCUCUCUUUUCUAAGAAACAAUUAUGUGCACUUUGAAUACACAACCUUGUCUAGCCAAUAACUCUAUCAAGACCCAGAAAUUGAAGAAAAAUAUUGUUUACUCAUACACACAGUGAACAGACUUUGCAAUCCUCUGAUUCUGUGAUUUGUCUUGGUGCGCUAGCCUACACCUUCUCUUUGGUUUGUUUACCUUUUCUAUUAACACUCUGAAUUGCUAACCUUGCUAACACCUAUGAUGUUACCUGAGAUCAAUCUCCCAUAUGUAUGCUGUAUGCUAUUAUAAGACUCCUGAAAUAUACCUACUCUGUGCUUGUGUAUGUGAAUGUUAAUGCAACUAUUACCUAGAGUGAACUUUAAGCUUUAUUGUUGAAUGUAAUUCCAUCAUAUUUCCUUUUGUACACCUGUGGAAAAGUGAACUAAUGUUUUUUUUAACCAUUGUUAAUCAGCUUUUGUGUAUGUAAGACACAGUAAAAUUUAUUUCUUAAAUCAAGAUAUUGGUGAUUCAAGGAAUUUUAUUUAUGGUCAGCCAAGAGCUGUCUCUUGCCAAGACUCCUGCUGGCAAGGGAAUGGAUAAAGCUGUUUUUUUCUAGUAACAAUUCCGGGGUGAAUACUGAAGAUAUCCCCUGAGGGUAUGCAAGCACAAAAUUUACCAAUCUGACCUCUUUCAAGUUGCAGACUGCUUUGAAAUUCUAACGAUGUCUGGAAUAUCAGCUCAUAGAGAAUAAUAAAAUUUACUGUCAACUUCAAUAAGAUAUGUUGAUUUUGUUAAAAUGUACAAUUUAGAAGUUUGAGUAAUUAUAUUUUAAAAGUUAACAUAAAAGAGGUAGGAGUCUGUUAUUAAAACAAAAGCAGUAAGUCUUUAAAAAAAAAUCUGUUUUCUCUACUUUCAGCUUCAUUCUCCCAUGUUUUGAAGGGUGUGUAACUUCAGCUCUGCAGGAUUGCAUGGGGUAAAACUUGUUGCCAACACGUCUGAACCAUUGCUACAUUGUAGGUUGUGAUCAUUUUGCCCCACUGAAACCCAUGUAUCUGACCUUACGUGCCUUUUGAAUACUAGGAGAAUCGGGCUAAUUUAUUAAUGAUGAUAAUGAUAAUGUAUCUGUACAGCACUUUUUACCUUUGCAAAGUGCUUUCCAAUCCAUGUUAGUUACUAGUUAUUACAGCUGUAAGGAUAAAACACGUCAUGUGGAUUCAUUUUUAAUUGGUGCUACUGGUAUUUCCUCUGUUAUUGCUAAUAAAUGGAAAAUGGUGGUAUGAAA